UUGAAUUGAAUUAUAACUGCACCUCGUUACCAACCCGAGGUUUUAUCACGUCCUUUCUACAAGGAGGUCUAGGCCGUUCAAGGACAAAACUUCCAAGAUGUCGCAGCCUAUCAGGCUUUACUCUAAAGCUAUAUUCCUUGGCUACAAAAGAGGCCUAAGAAACCAACAUGAGAACACCGCUUUGGUAAGGAUUGAUGGAGUUGAAAGUAAGAAAAAUACUGACUUUUAUCUUGGGAAGCGAGUUGCUUAUAUAUACAGAGUGAAGAAGAAGACAGUUGCCAAGGGAACAAAAAAAGCAAGCAAAAUUCGUGUCAUUUGGGGAAAAGUAACAAGGCCACAUGGUACAAGUGGAGUUGUCCGUGCAAAGUUUAGACACAACUUGCCACCAAAGGCAAUUGGUGCAACGCUUAGAGUGAUGAUGUACCCAUCAAGAGUUUGAUGAGAUGUAAAUUAAAAUUUCUUUGAUGAAAA